CAAAACGUUUAACUAAACUAUUAAUUUGUAUGGCUCGAACCUUGGCGAUGGUAAUUGAGGACAGGUUAAAAACUCUCAAGCCAUUAUUGUUCACCUGUUCAACACAAACGAGCAGCAAUUCAUUUAAUCCUCGACGACCAAACGAUUUUCUCCGGCAGCGAAAUUGAAAAUAUCGACAGAUCAAGAAAUCAUGUCUAUAUAUUUUUUAUCUGCUUCUAUAGAAAUUUCCCACCCUAAUUAAAAUAAACAUUAGAGAAAAUCAAUUUGAGUAUUUUAUGCGUCUGAAUAAACCACAAAAACGUAAACAUCGAUUAAAUUUUCUUCUACGCUUCAUCUGAUUCGCUACUCAAAAGUGUCGUUUGACUGACCGAUGAAAAAACACUUUCGUACGAAAACGAGGAUAGGGCAAUUCGUUCGAACGAACGAUGUUCGAAUGUUCGAACGGAUAGAUUUCUUUCGUACGAAACCAAGGAUACGAAUGAGGCAUUCUUUCGAACGUUUUGUGUUCGUUCGAAAACAAGAAUAAGGGUGUUUAUUUUUUUGGUUCGUUAAGUUAGUGUAUAGAAUAAUAUUAGGUGAUUAAUAGCAGUAAUAGACGAUAAUAUCUACUGUUUGCGCCACGCGGAGCGAGCGCAUACGUGUUGCGACAUGACCUGUCAUUCCAUUGCAUCACCCAGAGACGUGCGAAAGUGAGAUGAAAGCAGUAUCAACACAACAAACUAAUAUCACCCGAGCUAACCGAGCGAAGCCGACAGGACAAACACCCCACCAAUUUCAGGGAGUAUAAAAGUAGCAGAGCAGCAUAUGAUCCAUCUUUAUAAGUUUUUAUUCACCACGUGUAUUUAGAAACCAUUAGAGAAAGUUAUAGUGAAAAUUUGGACUUUGAAAACUAGUGUCGUUUUUUCCUACAGUAAAUUUAGUCAGACCCUUUCCAACCGGAGUACUAUAAGGAUUGAGAAAUGUGUACUGUGAAGAUGGCAUCCUCUUAUAAAAUUAAUUUAGAGAUGUGUUUAGAAGCGGUUAACAGUUUAAUUUCAACCAAGUGCCUAGAAUAUGAUUUCAAGUUAAAUUUUAAGAACAUGCAAGUAAUUUUGGAGCGUAUGGGAUUAGAUAAAACGAACUAUCCUAGUAUGAAGGUAAUCAAAAGCCUUCUAAUGAAACAUCGAAAAUCCGUAAAACGGUUUGCUCCUGAGAUUACUUUGCAGAAUUGUUGGGAUGCAGCGAAUGAUUUGAUCGCUAGAGAAGAGUUGGAUGAGCUAUUCGAAUUGAAUUCUAAGAAUCUGAAAGAAAUUCUUGUAGAAAUGGGAUUAAACGAAAAAUGCGCACCUAACUUAAAAAAAGUUAGGAAUAACUUCGCUUGUAAUCCAACAUAUAAGAAGUAUCGUGCAGAACGAAAGGUGAGAACCCUUAUAAUUGUUAUAAGCUUCCUGAAAUUAAUAAAACUAUUUUGAAAUUUUCAAUGUGAAAUCAUUUCCGCAGAAUAUUGAACAUUCAAUUGCCGCUGAAAGUCAUAACGUAAGUGUAAAAUAUCAAAUUGCUUUGAAAUAGUCACGCCAUACAGUAACUUCAAAUUUUUAUAGAUCGAUAAUUUCAAAGAAUGUUCUUUUGAGAAUGAAAGUGCCUGCUUGCCACAAGACUGCGUUGGAGUUCAUGAAGUAAGAUGACAUUUCUAUUUAUUAAUUCAUGUAUUAAUAGUUGUUAUUUAGCAGCUUUUAUUAAAUAAAACAGAUCAUAUGUCCGAAACAAACUCAUCUCCUUCACGUGUCGAAACAAGAACAUUAUCAUUUGUAUCAUUUGACACAAACGAUUUCGAGGAAUUGGCCGACUCUCAAAGUACUACUUUUGACGGCGUUGAUAAUACGGGAAAAGAUAACGAACAACCUCCAUUCGGAUUUUUAUUGAAAGGAACAGAUUUAUCGCGUGUCGAAAUAAAAUCAUUAUCCGUCGAGUUUCCUGCAAAAGUAUGUAAGAAAGGAAUGGAACUUAAUGCUCCAGAAAUUGAAUGUCGCAUUUUUGAAACAUCAGUAAGUCAAAUGCAAGAGAGAUCAACGAACGACAUGCAAGACUCGAUUGUUUCAUUUGAUACCAAUGAUCUUGAAGGAUCGACCAAAUCACAAGAUACUACUUAUAGCAGUGAUGUAGAUGUAACUGAACUUGUGUUCAAUACAACGGACUUUGAAAACCUACGAAAAGAGAUAAAAGAAAAAGGCAACAGUAACAGGAUCAAAUACAAUGUCAAGGUUGCGGAAUGUGGGGCAACUGCCACAAAAAGACUUUAUAGUGGUGCUUCAAUUUACGAGUGUUCUUUUUACAUCAACAAGAAGAACAUUGAAAUGUGUAAACAUUAUGAUCAACAUAAUAUAAUGCAAAGCAAAACCAAGGUUGGCGAUGCUAAAUAUAAGCAACAAAAGCAUAGAAGGCCUUUUAUAGUGGCCUUAGAAGAUUUGUUAAAAAUCAAAUAUGAAGAAUUCAAUAUCUAUUGUAUAAUCAAUAUAAAUUCUCAUAAUUGCAACAAAUCUGGCUGGCUAUUUUAUGGUGUCUGCGCUCACAAGACCUGCAGAUCUUAUCGUUUCAAAAUUGUUUCUGUUACGGAUGGUGAUAACAUAUAUAAAGUCGAUGUCUAUGUUAAUGUCGCUAUGACCCUGAUACACGGGGAAAACCUGAAAGCGGCAUAUUGCAAAGGAGUAAAAAGAAACAUAAAUAUGAAAAAACUGCAGCUCCAAAAACCACUUGAAUUACGAACUAAGUUGAUCAACGAAAAGAAAAAAAGGGAACCAUUCGAGAAGGUAGACAUUGUCAGCAAAAAUUGCAGCUGUCUGGUCUGUGGAUGCAUCGCCGAGUAUAGCAUCCCAGUCAACCGCCGCAAGCAGGUCAUUAAGCGCUACGAAGUCACAUCGUUUAAAAUCGAAAUCAUCAACAUCACUUACGCCGAUAGGGUUUUGAUUUCCAGCCACGAUUUCAAGCCGGAGAACAAACGGGUUAUGGUGAGGAUCAAUUUUUAA